UUCAGUCAUUUGCUCCAAUUGUUCUUCGUCUUUUACAUUUACAGACCUGCGAAGAACGGGAAGACAGAAACAGAAGGAAUUGAGGCAAACGAAGAGAAAUCUGCGAAAAAUUCCCCAAACAAAGAGAUAUUCGCUGCAAAAUUCGUACCAAUUAGACCAGGUAUGGAAAACGUGGUAGCAACUGUGAGUGGUUAUCAUGGCUCUGAGAGGUUCAAGCUCAUCAAGCUUAUCUCCCAUGCUGGAGCAAGUUAUGUAGGGGCAAUGUCACGAUCCAUUACCCAUUUGGUGUGUUGGAGAUUCGAGGGUAAAAAGUAUGAUCUUGCUAAGAAGUUCAAUACAAAAGUAGUAAAUCAUCAAUGGGUGGAAGAAUGCAUAAAGGAAGGGAGACGAGUUCCAGAGGAGCCUUACAUGUUUGAAAGUGGGGAAGAGGUUGGGCCUUUGAUGAUUGAACUUCCCGCGGUUCCUGAGGAAGCUAAAGUCACUAAGAAAGUGAAAAAGUCAGCCGAAAGCUUUGAUAAUUACUUUGGUGAUGGUGAAGAAAGCAGUAGGAGCGGAUGCACUUCUGAGCUUGCCACUUGGAUGGAUUCUGUCUUGCUGAAAGAGAAAAAUAUAGGAUCAAACAGACACUCAGUGCGAUUAAGAACAAAGAGGCCGAGUAAUAUCUUUGAAGACAAAGAAAACACUGGCAUGGCGGAAUCUUCAGGGAAAGGGAAGAGGCGGUUAGUAAAGCAACGCCCUUGCAGAAACCUUAUCGAUCUUGAAUCGGAUGAGGAAACUGGUAGUAACUGUCUUGACAAUUCUGAGGAGAACCGACGUAGAACUCUCUAUCCUAGAGAGCCUGAUGUUGAAAAUGUAAGGGAGUGUGUUUUAGAACCAGGAGAAUCAUCAGCUGUUCGACAUCCUCGAGACUCUGCAACACAAAACUGGGAUGUAGAUGAAAUAGAGGAGUCUGAUCGCUGGUGUCAUUCAGCUGUUUUUAAACGUCCGAGAGCAACUAGUACAGAGAGAAUACUGCACGAUGAGGAAUCAAAUUGCGACAAAACCGAUUCAAGAGAAGAAGAGACAGAAGUAAGUAAGAUGGUUUCUUGUGCCAUUUGCUGGACCGAGUUCAGUUCCAGUAGAGGCGUUCUCCCUUGUGGCCACAGGUUUUGUUAUUCAUGCAUCCAGAACUGGGCAGACCAUAUGGUUUCAGAAAGAAAGAAGAGAACAUGUCCAUUGUGCAAGUCCAACUUCAUCACCAUCACGAAAGUGGACGACGCUGGAUCUUCCGAUCAAAAGAUAUAUUCCCAAACAGUCCCUGACCCAUCUUCAACGAACAACACUCUCGUAGUACUCCCUGAAGAAGAACGACGACGUUUCAAUCCACUGACUCGAGCUUCAGGUUGCAGCAGAUGCUUCCUCAGUGAGCCAGAUGACCUUCUCAUCAGAUGCCACCUCUGCAAUUUCAGGCGCAUACAUACUUAUUGUUUAGACCCUUAUCUGGUUCCUUGGACCUGCAAACAUUGCAAUGAUCUCCAGAUGCUUUACCAGCGUCGUGGCUUCUAAAUAAAAUUCUGAUCACAAUUUUGAAUGCAAUUAUUGAUUGCAAUGUUGGGUGUUAACAUGUAUCUAUUUAUCUCCCAUUGUUUUAUGGUUUUAUCAAAAUAAGUCGAAUAAUUAAAGUAAAUGGGACUAAAAAAUCGUUUUAAA